AUGGUUUUUUUUUUAGAUUGUGGAACCGACGGAUGUGAUCCAACAUAUGGAGUAUGCGGACAAGUUACUACAUCCAAUGGUCUUACAAGUGUGAUGACAACAAUGACAACAACACCUUUACCAACCAAUUCAGCUCAAACUAUAGAAGCUUCUUCAACAACUCCAAAAACAACUUCUAGUGACAGUAGUUCUACACCUACCACUAAUAAUUCUUCUGGUUCAUUUAUUAAAAUACAUAGUGGUAGUUUGAAUGGAAGAGUAAAACAGGAACAAGUACAAGAAAGUGGUGGUUCGUUGGAAAAGACGACGUUGAAACAGUUGAAAGAACGUUUAAAAAAAAUUACUGGCGUACCUGUUAAUGGGCAAAAAAUAAUAUUUUCUGGAGCUGUUAUGAAAGAUGAAAUUGCUACUUUAGGAUCAUUUGGGCUUCAUCAUAAUUCAAAAAUACUUUUAAUCGGGACUAAACCAAAUUCACCCACACCUCACAUGGCUGUUCUCAUAAAUUGUGGAACCGACGGAUGUGAUCCAACAUAUGGAGUAUGCGGACAAGUUACUACAUCCAAUGGUCUUACAAGUGUGAUGACAACAAUGACAACAACACCUUUACCAACCAAUUCAGCUCAAACUAUAGAAGCUUCUUCAACAACUCCAAAAACAACUUCUAGUGACAGUAGUUCUACACCUACCACUAAUAAUUCUUCUGGUUCAUUUAUUAAAAUACAUAGUGGUAGUUUGAAUGGGUUAUUUAUAAUUGUCAUGAUUGCAGUUUUACUCUUAUAA